AUGAUUCUCCCAAUCUUUUGGCUUUUGGCCCUGAUGUCAUUGGCUUCAUCAGAUCCUGUAUCUAACUUUUCCAUUCCCACCCCCAGCAAAGGAGCAUUUCCCUUCUCAAAACAAUCUGGACAGUCUUCUUUUAUCGUAGAGCUCAGACACGAUGUCUCACUGGGGAAGCGCUCACAUGACGAGUUUCACAAACGUGCCGUCAACUUGAAUCUCGAUUACCAGAUCCAAAGAGAAUUCACAAAUCCUUCUCUUUUCUACGGACUUUCAAUCAAGAUCGGUCAGAACGUUACCCUCUCCCAGAUCAAUAAUACCCUCAAGUCGAUCCCAGAGGUGGUUGCAGUCUACCCGAAUCGACUUGUCAGCAAACCAGCUCCGAUCAAAUCCGAAGGGAAACUCGAAGCUCCGACGGCAAUCAAAACAAAUCCAGCUAUCAAUCAAACAUGGACACCGGUUGACAGCAGCUCAAACCUCCCUCAUAUCACGGGAGUAGACACUGCUUCGGUACUAAAGAUGGCAGACGUGGAUAGAGUUCAUGCUUUAGGAAUUAAAGGGAAAGGAAUGAAAAUUGCGUUCAUUAAUACUGGAGUUGAUUACAAUCAUCCCUCACUUGGAGGCGGUUUUGGGCCCGGCUUCAAAGUUGCAGGCGGAUAUGCUUUUGUUGACGACAACUGGUAUCCCCACGGCGCCGACCCGAUUUCGAGUCCUGACCCUCUAACGACUUGCUUUGAGGGUGGCCACGGCACCCAUGUUUCAGGAAUUGCGGGAAUGGUAGACCCUCCCAAUAUCGGUUUCGGGAUGACUGGAGUGGCCCCCGAAGCUUCUCUCUACAUGUACAGAAUUUUCAGUUGUGUUUCAAACAACACAACAUACGAUAUUAUCAUGGAUGCUAUGAUGAAAGCCGUCGCUGACGGCGUGGACGUCAUCAGUAUGACCCUGGGAGCUAUGGAUCCCUUUCAAGACGACACAUCAUACACGAAUCUGGUAAACUCUAUCACUGGCCAAGGAAUAGCUGUGAUAGCUUCUAACGGAAACAAUGGGGAUCUUGGCAUCUACAGUCAAUCAACUCCAGCCAGUGUUGAGAGUGCACUUGGUGUCGGAAGUGUCACCAAUCUCAAAUUUCCAGUAAACUACAACCUGGAAGAUUCUACGGGAGCCACCUUCAAGUAUCAAGCAGUCUGGCCCCUGAUUCUGCCCCAGGCGCUGACCGUCUACUCUCACGGACUCCUAUGCACUCGGGCAGCAUGGAAAAACACCGGCGCUGCAGUCAAGGAUCCGAGCAAUACCAUUGUCCUCGUUGGCAUCACGGCCGAUUGCUCGUUAGGAACUCAAAUGAGUGCAGCAUCAGCUUUUGGAAUUCAAUAUCUCAUUGGAUACAACAUCGGUCAAGACCCAGUUAGUCAAGACGCUGAGCUCCAAAUUCCCUUCCCCGUUACGACUCUGGUUAUCGAUCCUCGAAGCGGCGCUAGUAUGCUCAGACAUAUCAAGUCUACUAGGAGCACAUACUCUUUGAGCUUUACUAAUCCUAAAGCCACGAGUGUGAGAAUGCAAACUGGUGGUAUGGUCAGCAACUUUUCGUCUUUGGGUCCAACUUGGGAUACGGUUGCUUUGAAGCCCCAAUUGAGUGCCCCAGGAGGGAAGAUUCUUUCGACUUGGCCGCUUGGGCCUUUCGGUGGUUAUGCCAUUAUCUCUGGGACGUCAAUGGCGACCCCUUUUGUCGCUGCCUGCUAUGCUUUGGUCAGAUCUCAGAACCCCGGUUUGUCGGUGCCAGAAGUAAUCAGCCUCCUGCAAUCAACCUCUACACCAAUGCAGUACGUCUACGACCACUCGAUUUUAUCAACCGUCGCGGGCCAAGGAGCUGGAAUGGUCAAUCCGUACAGAGCGAUCAAGUACCAGACUACCAUCACUCCCUCUCAACUCGAAAUUGGAGACGUCGACGAGUUCCUGAAUGUUCCCCAGACAAUCAAGAUCACCAACGCGUCUCCCAAGACGAAGACCUACACCGUCAAGCACGAAGGAGCAGGCUAUGUUGAAUACAGUCCAUAUCCAGACGCCCUUACACCUCGAUACGCCAAUAUCUGGGGCUUACCCCAAUACUCUAUCUAUGGCUCCGCUUCCUUUUCUGCCUCGACCGUUACCAUCCCCGCCGGUAAAUCUCAUGAAAUCUCAGUCUCCUUCACCCCACCAAUCCUCUCUCCCGCUCAAAUCCACAAAACUCCCGUUUUCUCCGGCUUCGUCUCAAUCUCCAGCUCCGACGAAACGUUCUCCAUCCCCUACCUCGGCCUUCCUUACUCCCGCAAAAACACGAAUGCCAUCGACCUCAGCAACUUCACCAUCUCCGAUGGCUUCAAAGACUACAACGUUGCGCAACCCUGCGUCUUCCACUACCCCGGCAUCUACGACGAUAACGCAAACUGGACGAUCCGCAUCAACACCCAGUUCGAAGCCUACAACCUCACUGAAUGGGAAUUCCCAAGCAUCGAAGUCAAUUUCCUCACCGGAGGUGCCGAUUAUGAAAUCCAUGUUUUGCAGGCAAAUACAAGCUUCGUGCCGACGCAUUAUGGAUAUGAUCCGAAAAUGGAGGUGGAGUAUAUGGAUACGAAUCACACACCGCAUGAGACCUUCCAGGAAGUGCCUAGUUAUGGGUGGUUGCCGGAUAAUUCGCAGAACAAUAAUGGGUAUCCGUCGGAGUCGUCUAUUAACUUUAUUCCUCGGCAGACUACCGUGACGUUUUACUGGGGUGCGGUAUUUUUCCAUAACAUAGGUCCUGAUGGCGAGGAUUAUGAGUAUCUUCCGAAUGGCGAUUAUCGGAUCUUGAUCUCGAUGCUGAAGCCUGGGGCCUCUGGCUCGGACAUGACGGAGUGGGAGUCUUGGUUGAGUCCUGUUAUUCGACUUCUGGGUAAUUGGGAGGAUGCUUAAGAAGGUGAGUAAGGAAAGCUAGAGAAUUUUGUUUAGUGAUGUUCAGAAUAAGUAUAGAGGGCGUGAGAUUCCAGGGUUGGGAGUCCAGGAGAAGUGAGCCGUUUGUAGAUUGCAGGCCGCAGUCUUGUUUCCUAAAGGUAACCUAGUUUUACACUUCGC